AUGUCGUCUCAACCACGGCCGCAAGAGCCGUCCCAGUCGUUUAGCACAAACCGACCGAAUACGUUUACAAAGCUCGACCUCAAACCACGCAGAUACCACUUCUACAACGUUCUUUUAUUCAUAUUUGGCACAUUCUUCCCCCCGCUCGCCGUUGCUGCUCGUUUUGGUAUCGGCCAGGAUUUCUGGCUGAAUCUGCUCCUCACAAUCUGCGGCUAUAUCCCCGGCCACGGCCACAAUUUCUACAUCCAGAAUAUCCGCAACAAUAAGAAUCAUCGACGGACACCCAAGUGGGCUCGCAGAUACGGACUCGUCGACGACUCGGAGAUUCGACGCAAAGAGGCGCGCUCACAGUGGGCAGGGCGGUACAAUGACCGUCUGCCGCAGUCAACACUUGAAGGCCGUGAAGUCGAAGAAGGGCAGAUCCCCGACCGCGAGCCCGAACAAGGCAGUUCCACCAACGUGAAUGGUACACGUGAAGAACGAUUAUGGGACUCUCAUCGUGACGAGUCGUUUUAUGGUCAGCGCCGUACGGGUAGUGGGAGCGUCAGUACGGGCAGUGGCGGACGCGCUGGACGGUGGCAUUAUCCGGCAAACUUUGAAGAUACGGAAGUGGAGCAGCCGGCGAGUGGCAAGAAGAAGCGCGGUGGAUUGCUUGGUGGGAAGAAGAAGAAGGAUCGCUGGGAGCUGAGCGAGGAUGCGCGCAGAGGUGCGCGUGUCCCCGAUGGAGAGUACGUUGGCGAGCCACCAAAGAAGAAGAAGAAGACCAAGAGACGCAAAAAGGGUGGAGACGGUGUUGGGAAUGACGACGAUGUUUCGGCAAGUCUAUUCUUUGGAGAACGCACGACUAGCAUAUCUCGAAGCGAUAUCGAAGAACCGGAGGAUCCUGUCGGCGGCUUAUACGGUAACCGCGACCAGCGCACCUCGGCACCGGAAGACGCGACAACGAGAAAGGAACGUGCAGACCGCGAGCUAUUUGAACAUCAGUUCUAG